ACACCACUUUCUCACACUAGAGUUUCUAUUGACAAAACUCAAAAUGAUUCUGGUAUACCAAAGACUUCAAAUUCCUUAGAUAUAAUUAUGCAAGAUGAAAUAGGUCCAUUUCACAAGUCAUUUUCUGCUGUCGUCAAAUCAAAUGGUUCAGGAAAAUCAAAUGUUAUUGAUGUGCUUUUAUUUGUAUUUAGUUAUCGAGCAAAUAAAAUGAGGCAAGCCAAAUUAUCAGAACUUAUUCAUUCAUCACAAGGACGUGAAAAUCUGGAUGCUUGCAGUGUUGAUAUAUACUUUGAAGAAAUUCUUGACUUGUUAAAGAAACAAAAUAAUGAUAUUUUAAUUUCUGAAAAAAAAACUUCAUAA